ACCACAUCGUCGUAUUCAUCCUAUGUGCUACUUGGAGUAAUGUGACGUAGUCCUUUACCAGAAUGGAUCUAUCGACUGAUCAUAGGAUUGUUUCUACCAUGAAAUAUAUCUGACCUUUGUUAUCCAUAUAAGUUGGAGAACAUAUAAUUUGAAUUAAUUACCUGUGUAUUUAUAUCCUCUCAUAAUGUCUGCAAAUAUUCAAUUUGCAAAUCCACCGCCGGCUGUAAGCUUACCCAACAUGUCUGUGCCACCACCUACAACUCCAAAUUUGUCAGCACCACCACCAAAUUUAACCACUAUAAACACAUCGGGAAAUUACCAGCAUCGAUAUGCAAACCAUAGAGAUGGUAGUCGCGGUUUCUUCAAACCAUUUAGACCUUAUCAUGCUCCAAAAAUUGUUGCUGGAGGACAAGAUACUUUGCAAGAUGAAUUUGAUGGCAAGAGACUGAGGAAAUCUGUUAUGAGAAAGACUGUUGAUUACAAUUCUGCCAUUAUUAAAAGUUUAGAAAAUCGAGUAUGGCAGCGGGACUAUAGGGAUCGUCGCGCACUUCAACCAGAUGUAAUAUAUUAUCCUGAUUUACUCCCUCCACCAAGUUAUAUUGACAAUCCUAUAAAUGCAGUUACUACGAGGUUCGUAAAAACGGCUACCAAUAAAAUGCGUUGUCCAAUUUUUUGUAUGGCUUGGACACCAGAGGGUAGACGUCUCGUUACUGGCGCUUCGAGUGGAGAAUUUACUUUGUGGAAUGGCCUUACUUUCAAUUUUGAAACUAUUCUACAGGCACAUGACAGCCCAGUCAGGACAAUGGUAUGGUCACAUAAUGAAAGCUGGAUGGUAACAGGGGACCACGCGGGCUAUGUGAAAUAUUGGCAGAGCAACAUGAACAAUGUGAAGAUGUUUCAAGCACACAAAGAAGCGAUUAGAGGACUCAGGUAUAUCAUCCACCACACUAGUCCUUACGUCUCUUGCGUCACUGUUGCCGAUCGGUCCAUCCUUGCCAUAGUUAGGAUAUCGGACGUGACUCUUCUUCUCUUCCUUUUCUGGUUUUGUGCAGUUUCUGGUAAAGCAAUAGUGAUUCUUGUAUGGGUACACAGUUUCAGCCCGACGGAUCACAAAUUGGCAACUUGCAGUGAUGAUGGAACUGUCAGAAUUUGGGACUUUCUUCGCUGUCAUGAGGAACGAAUUCUCAGGGGUCAUGGUGCAGAUGUCAAAUGCGUACAUUGGCAUCCACAAAAAAGUCUAGUCAUUUCUGGCAGUAAAGACAAUCAGCAACCAGUGAAACUUUGGGAUCCAAAAACUGGACAGUCUCUGGCGACUCUGCAUGCACAUAAAUCUACCGUUAUGGAUGUAAAGUGGAAUGAAAAUGGUAACUGGUUAGUAACUGCAUCAAGAGAUCAUCUUUUAAAACUUUUCGACCUCAGGAAUCUUAGUCAAGAAGUUCAGACUUUCCGUGGCCAUAAAAAGGAAGCAUCUAGCGUCGCAUGGCAUCCAAGCCACGAAGGUCUCUUUUGUAGUGGUGGUAGUGAUGGCGCCAUACUCUUCUGGCAUGUUGGAGCGGAUAAAGAAGUGGGAGCGAUAGAACAGGCGCACGAUAGCAUAGUUUGGACAUUAGCUUGGCAUCCAUUAGGGCAUAUCUUAUGCUCUGGCAGUAACGAUCAUACGUCCAAGUUUUGGACGCGUAAUAGACCAGGAGAUCUGAUGAGAGAUAAAUACAAUCUCAAUACAUUACCGGCAGGUGCAGCUGGUAUCGAUGAUCACGAAAUUGCUGAUGAAGCAGCGGUGAUACCUGGUAUGGGACCAGAGGAUAGAAUCAACGCAGAUUGUGAAUCCGAGGAGAAAAAUGGCGGAAUUCCUGGUCUGGAUUUAGAUCAUGCGGUGGAUGAGGGCAAGAAAUUCGCCAAUAAGAAAGUUCCGUACAGUAAACCGAUACCUCGAAAUUUCCAAGCGCAAUGGAACGAAAUGGAAGCUGAAGAUAUUGAGCAAGUUGAAGCACUUAAUGCAUUUGUCAAUCAAUUAAUAGAGACAACGCCAGGUGCCGUCCCACUAAACGAAGUUACGCCCAACGCCAUUAUAUUAUACGGGAAAAUGAUUCCAGUGGAAUCUGACUCCAAACUGGCUGAGGCAAUCAGUAAAGGAACCGAUGCCAUAAACAAAUUAGUAUUUUCUGGUGAAAUAGAAGAACUACGAGACGUGGUAGGUCCACCGGAUAAUAUGGAUGAGGCCGAAGAAUAUCUGCAAGAUGACGGCGAGAUCGAUUAUUCUAAAGUGCCAGACGUAGAUUUGCCACCACCCUUGCCUAGCUCCAAAUUCGCACAGAAUCCGGAGCUGUUAAAAUCACUAAAUCGCGGCGGUAAGCGUAAAUUCGAUCAAUUGAUUGGCUGGAGCGAUGGUGGAGCUAGCGAUCGUAUAUCUAAGAUGCAUCAGCCAGUCUUUGGUGGUAUAAUUACGGAGGACUCACAAUCUAGCGACACCGAUUUGAGAUUUAACAAGUCAAGUCUCGCCGCGGAGAACAAUUCCUUCCAUAGUGGUCAGGAUGAAGAUCAUAGGAGGAGCGGUCUUCACGAUCUAUCGAGAAGUAAUCGUGGCGAUGAGGAUCUUAGAUUCAAUAUGUCCGCUGGUCCUGGUAGACCCGGUUCACUCAACGAAUACGAUUCGCGCGGCAAUAAUUUCGUGGACAAGGAUUUUCGCAAUUUUUUGUCAUCCAAGUCUUUGAAUGAUGACGAUUAUGACGAGCGGGAACACGAUAACGCCGGCGGCCGCUGGGAUGACGAAGAGACCGAUGGAUCGCAUGGCAAAUUGGACAAUACGUUCGGCAACAAUUUCGACAAACGCGAUAACGGCGUAGCAAUGGGCAUGAGUAAUAGUAUGCAUAGUCAUAUGGCUGGCAUACCUCAUCUGCCAAAUCAUCAUAACAUGCAAAAUAUUAAUCCCAACAUGCCGCCACCGAUACCAAGUCUAGUACCGCAUCCCAAUAUGUCACAGCAUCCUGGCAUACAGGGUAAAUCGCCGCAUCCUGGUAUGCCUGGUUUAGAUGGCCCGAUGCCACCCCAUAUGAUGCCGCAUCAUCCAAACAUGCAUCCGGGCUUUGGACCGAAUGGACCACCGCCCGGUGGUUUCGGACCCAACUUUCGACCACCUCCGAAUAGCAAUUUCGGUCCGAAUCAUUUUAGACCAAAUCCGAUGUUGCCAUUUGGACCGAAUCAGGGCCCGCCGCCGUUUGGUAAUAACUUUCAGGGACCGCCCAACUUUCGCGGACCGAAUGUCGCUCCGAUGAAUUUCGACCGACCAAGUUUCGGACCUAAUUUUCGCGGCCAAACUCCACAGGGUCAGUUGAACAAUUUUAAUUCCAACUUUGGCAACUUUGGCAAAAACGGUCCCAAUCGCGGCAUAAGUCGUGGUGGUGGUGACAAUAUGGGCAGGAGUGGCUAUAGUAAUCGCGGCAGAGGACGUGACAACGAUCAAUCAAGAGGAGGGAGGGGAAGAGACAAUUAUUGAAGAGAUUUCUCGGAACAAUGUGCGUGAUUAUCGACAAUGUUCUUAUACCUCGACAUGAACUGUCUUGCAUGAACCGUUCAGUGAAACUCAUUAUAUAAGA